UAGGGGGUGUCUUAAUUAAAUUGUGCAUUAAAAUUAAAUCAAAAACACUAAUAAACACUAGAGGCGUCGCUUAAUUGGGGUAAGGUAGAAACCGUAUUUGAGGGACACGUGUAGGCAAAGGGAGAGGAGAGAGGAGGACCGUCUACGAUUUUCUUUGGUUCAUUCUCUCUUUCUCUCGAAAUCUCUCCACCUUCCUUUCCGAGAAGGCGAUUCUCUCUUCCUCCGUGGUUCCUCGAGUUGCCGGCGAUAAUCCCUCUCUCCGUGGGUCGCAGACGAAACGGGAUCGUCUCUCUCCGUGGCUCGCAGACGAAAGGGCGAUUCUCUCUCUCUUCGUGCUCCUCGAGGAAAUGAAGCCAGACCUCUCUCUCUCGGUGGCUGUCGUCGGGGAGGGAAAUCGUUGAUUAUCUCCCUCUCUGUGGGCCUCCUCGUCGGCAAAGGACGGCGCUCUCUCUCUGGGUGGAUAAACUGGAAUCGGAAGGUAAAUCUAAAUCGUUUGUUGUGUUCUUCAAGCAUGCAUGUCUUAUUCUAGACUUAUUCUUGUUCUGAUUGCAAGUUUGUUUGGUUUGUAGGUUCGAUUCUUUCUCGCGGUGGCUCUCGUCGACGGCUAUAUAUGGCUCUCUGUUGGUGGCUCUCCUCCACGGCGAUGGAGCUCUCUAUCGAUGCCUCUCCGCGAUUCGUACAGGUAAUGCUUCUGUUUCACGUUCUUCAAUGAUGCAUGUCUCUGAUUGUGCUUUGAUAAGUUGUGAUUUGUUUGUUGCAAGUGAAUCUAUUUUGAUAAUGUUUCUGUCAUUUGAUUAUGUUGGGUUUAGCUGUAACAUUGUUUCAAUCUCGUUUUGUUUGUUGCAAGUUCAUCAAUUUUUAUUUGGCUUUUUUCUGUUGAUUAAUUUUAUUUUGUUUCUGCCUUUGUGUGGUGAGAUGAAGGGAUCAACGUGAGACGAAGGAAUCAACUUGCGUUUGAUAUGUUCUGUGGAAAGAGAGGUCAGGAAGGUUCAUCAAUACAGGUAAACAGACUUGUUGUAGAGUCACGGAGCGAGAUGAGAAGAGUGAAAGAAGAGGCUGCAUACUGUUAUACUGGAUCAGUGUGUCUUGGAUCAAUGUAUCAGUGUGUCUUUAGGAGUCACGGGACUUGGCUUGUAGUGUCAAUGUAUCAAUGUAUCUUUAGGAUUCACGGGACUUUCAGGUGUUUGGCUUGUCUUUUGUAUCAAUGUAUCAGUGUGUUGGCGUGUAGUGUGUCACGGACUUUGUACUCUUAUUAUUUCAUCAAGUAGUAUAAAGUAAUCGACCUUCUAUCUCUCAUUCUUUGUAUCAAACCAAUAUCACAAACUCAUAUUGACAAACUCAUAAUCGACACUCUAUCUCUCUUCCUCUCUUCUUACCAAACCAAUAUCAAAAGCCAUAUCACAAACCCAUAUUCUCUCAUCUUAAACCAAACUCGUAUCAAAUUCAUUUCCAAACCAAACUCAUUAACUCUUCUUCUCUCUAUUUACAAACUCAUAUGGCUUCUUCUUCUCAAGAAACUUUAGAUGAAUGUUUUGAUGAUACAUUUGAUGAGUUCUUUGAUCAACGUUUUGAUCAAGCCUUUGAGAAUUUGGCCAUUCAUAUUGAUCAAGAAGAGGGAAGAAAAAAAAGAAAAAAACGGGCUUAUAUCGAAAGAAAUCGUGAAGAAGGGCAUAUUCGUUUAUGGAAUGAUUAUUUCAGUGAAACUCCUACGUAUCCUGAUAAUAUCUUCCGACGACGUUUUAGAAUGAACAAGCCAUUGUUCAUGCACAUUGUUGAUCGACUCUCCAACGAAGUUCAGUAUUUUCGGGAAAAGAAAGAUGGUUUCGGAAGGAAUAGUCUCUCUCCCUUUCAAAAGUGUACUGCAGCCAUUCGUGUCUUGGCUUAUGGUUCUGCAGCUGAUACGGUUGACGAAUACCUCCGGCUCGGGGAAACAACCACUCGGUUAUGUGUGGAAAAUUUUGUGGACGGAAUAAUAUAUUUGUUCGGCGAUGAGUACUUAAGAAGACCAACACCAGCUGAUCUUCAACGUCUACUUGAUGUUGGAGAGCAUCGUGGAUUUCCCGGGAUGAUAGGAAGCAUCGAUUGUAUGCAUUGGGAGUGGAAGAAUUGUCCCACCGCUUGGAAAGGGCAAUAUUCUCGUGGUUCGGGUAAACCAACAAUCGUGUUAGAGGCUGUUGCUUCAUACGAUCUAUGGAUAUGGCAUGCAUUUUUUGGACCUCCAGGUACAUUAAAUGAUAUCAAUGUUCUCGAUCGCUCACCUGUUUUUGAUGACAUAAUAAAAGGUCAAGCUCCAAAUGUCACUUUCUCUGUCAAUGGAAGAGAGUAUCAUAUGGCUUACUAUCUUACGGAUGGUAUUUACCCGAAAUGGGCAACUUUUAUCCAAUCUAUUCCACUACCACAAGGGCCGAAAGCAGUUUUAUUUGCUCAACGUCAAGAAGCUGUCCGAAAAGAUGUUGAGCGUGCUUUUGGAGUCUUGCAAGCUCGCUUUGCCAUUGUUAAAAAUCCAGCGCUGUUUUGGGAUAAGGUCAAAAUUGGGAAGAUUAUGAGAGCAUGUAUCAUACUCCAUAAUAUGAUAGUAGGAGACGAACGAGAUGGAUACACUCAAUAUGAUACUUCAGAGUUCCAACAAGGAGAAGACACCGGAACUUCACAUGUAGAUCUCACGUAUUCUACAGAUAUCCCUACAAAUGUCGCCAACAUGAUGAGUGUUCGGACUAGAAUUCGUGAUAGUCAAAUGCAUCAACAACUCAAAGAUGAUUUGGUUGAACAUGUAUGGCUUAAAUUUGGACGUGAUGAAGACAACAACUGAUAUCGGAUGUUUCUUUCAAUUUGUUAUCUUUUUUUUUACUUAUCUUUAUUUUGAUGUUUUAUAUUUAAAUCUAUGUUUAAAAUGUUUUCUUUUCUAAUGUUGCAAUUUCAUAAAUAAAAUCUAUUUAAAAAAAAUUAAAAUCUUUUUUUUAAAACCCCUAAAUAAGAGACUUGCAAUGGAUGCGCUAAUUGUACGGGUUUCUUAGUUAGGUCUCUAACCUCACUUUAACUAAUUAAAAGUAUUAAAAUAAAAUUUAGAGACCCAAAUAGAGGCUUUAGGAUAAAGAUGCUCUGAGGAUCUCAUACAGAAAAACAAAACUCCUCUCCAUCCCCGCCUUUACGGAAUUUUAAAAACGUUACUCAACAAAUUAAUGUAUAUUUCAAGAAUGAGUCUCCAAACUUAUUGGUCAAGGCUGGCCUUGAGCUAAAGUUUUAAGCAUUAGCUUUAGACCCCAAUAAUUUAUAUAGGAAUAAAAAGACAUCAAAAUAUUAUAUAAGUAUACUAUAGUUUAUGGAUAAAUUUUUGUUUUCAUGCUUUACACAAAUCUUAUAGGAGCAUUGGGCUGGAAGCGUGUGACUGAAGAAGAAUUAAACAGAACAUGCUUUUUCUUCAAUGUGACGAAGACUGUCAUCCUUACUUGGAACAAUUUUUAUCUUAUUUCCUCCUACACAAAAUCUCUCUCUGACCUGUCUUUCAUAUAUAUCUUCAAUAUCCGGGCAAAAUCGCUUGCAAAAAGAGCUCGGACCGGUGCUUUUGUUUUCCCAUGUGCACUCGUGGGCUUGGAGUUGGCUUAUUCACAAGACUGUCCUUUUUGAAGCAAUCUAACGAAGCAUGUUGGUCUUUGCUGAAGAAAAAAACUCUCAUUAGCAAAUUCAGGGGUGUGCUCGUAUACUCGUUCGCUACUUGACCCGUACUCGCCUCGUUUUUUCAAGUACUCGUCGUUGCCAAGUCAAGUAUCAAGUCGUUGAGUUUUGCUACUUGCAACUACAAAACAAGUAACAAGUAUCACAAAAAAAAUUACGACUCGCCUUGAUAUUACUCGUUACUUAUUUUACGACUAAAAAUGAUAACUAAACCAUAAAAAUCAAGGCCCUAAACAAAUAUUUCUUUGUUGUAAGAAGUAAACAAUACUUUCUUAUCGAACUCCAUCUUUGUUUUUUUAUAUUAGGUGCAAAUAUUUUAUUUAAAAUAACUCUCGUAUUUUUACCAAGUCGAGUAAAUAAAAUAAACUUUCAUAACAUUCUCUCGUAAAAUAUUAUCUAUCAAAUAAAUUUUAGAAACUUAGAAAUAUAUCCAAGUAAUUAAUAAAUACUUGUAAGUAGCAAGUAAUCGAACAAGGCAACUUGCAAGUAACAUAUUUUUGCACAAGUACUCGAAAUAACAAGUACUCGUUUCUGACAAGUCAAGUACAAGUCGAAAAAUUCAUUACUCGUUUAAGGCAAACCAAGUAUCAAAUAGACGUAAAAAAGCAAGUACCCGCUUUGCGCCCACCCCCAGCUCACCCUUGUUGGAAAAAAGCGGCAGCCUUAAGCCCCUAUUUUUCAAUUACAAUUUAGGGCCCCAUUUUUACUAAAUAUGUAUUCACUUAUAUAUGUUUUUAUGGAAUCCACGAUAAACAAGUUUUAUGAAAUAUUGUUAAAAGUAACUAUGUUAAAGUAUAUAUUCCAUAAAAAUAUAUGUUUCUUUUUAAUUUUACAAAAAACAAACUUUUUAGAUUUCAUCUAUCGAUUUUGUUGUAUGCACUCUUUCUUAACUCAUUAAUUUAAAAUUUACAUCAUACUUUAAUAAAAAUGUUAUAUGAUUUAUACUAGUUUUUUCUCAUACUUUUUUUUUGCUUGUUAAAGGGCUUAUGAUUUACACAAGUUGCAGAAGGAUUAAUAAAUUUUGUCAUGUUAUUCUUGCCUUAGGCCUCUCAGAUGUUAGCCACGGCACUGAGCAAAUUCAUCACACAAGGAAAAUAAAACACGAACCGCGAUAGUGCAAUAACAAACUAUAUAUAACUCUACAGAAUACAAAAGAAAAAAAAGAAAAAAGAAACGUAAUCGUAUUAGAAACAGUAAGGGUGAAACGUAAACGUAGUCGAAGUAUAAUAAGCGCGAUGUAAAAACAAGGCGUACGUUACUCUUUUUUUUUGAAACACUUUAUUUAAUGUUCUAGUUAUUUGUAUGUAUUCCAAAUUGUUUUACCAUACAAAUUAAAAAAAAAAGCGUUUUAAUUGCUAAUUAAGUUGACUAAUAUGCACCUAAAUUACAUUACAAUUUUAUAAUAUUCAAAAACGACCGACGAAAGUGUAUCUUGCAACUGAAAAAAAGUUGUCUUCUUUUGAAUUGUGAGAAUCGAAAAAGUUUUCUUGUUUUCAUCAAAAGCUUAUAGCAAUAUAUACUAUAAAUACUAAUAAUUAGCAAAUAAGAAGCUAUGAUUAAAGAUGGGAUUCUGGGAUUUCCCUUUCAUGCAAAAGGUAUAAUAUCUUUCUUCCUCUUUUAUAUCUUCUUAGAGUGAAAGAUCGUGUAUAAUGGUUUUAGAUCUUGAAAUUUCUGAAACAUAUGAUCUUUUAUAUAUCCAUUGAUUAUAUAAACUUUUAGUUUGUUUUCAAAAUCUGAGUAAAUCUAUAACAAUACCUAUCGAAUUCAACAGGCGUUCCGGUUUGAACGACUAGUAGAUGGGGAUGUAAGUAGAAGGAAGAAGAAACCAUUUUGGUUAAAUCCGGUUUCUCACGGAUGCUAUACCAUCGACCGGUUAAGCUAUAUCGACCGUUCACCGAGUGCAGAUUCGGUUACAGUACAGAGAGAGCAACAGAGUGAAGAAGAGCUUGAAGUUUGGUUCUUUGCAGUGUCAGAUGCUGGAACUGGGAGAGAGAUUGUCAAGUAUAUGCAGAACCAUAUCUUCGAUAAUGAGGUGACUGAAAGUUUUAGUUAAAUUUUGUAGGACAUGAUUAAUUAGGGGUUUUUAGAGUGAAGUUUUUAGCGGAAUAUAAGAAACCGUCUCUUAACUUUUAACUAAAAAAGAUAUUUAAGAACCGGUUCUUAGCUUUUUUAGUUAAAAAUUAAGAGACGAUUUCUUAUACUCCGCUAAGAAUCCUACUCUACAAACCCUCAUUAAUCAUGUUCUAAGACCAUGAUUAACCUCAGUCUCUUAACUGGGGUUCUUAGCUUCGGUUAAGAGACGGUUCUUAUCUUUUCUUAUAUUUUAAUUAAGAAAAGUUAAGAACCGUCUCUUAAAUAAAAGCACCCCAAGUUAGAACUUAGACCAGGUGACAUGACUAUUUAAUUUUCAUUGCGAGCAACAGGAGUUUAGUCAGUUAGGUUUCGGCCAGCAAGAAAGUCCCGAGUUAUAUUAAGAAAAAUUAUAUUCUUUAAUAUCAGUCUGAUCAGUGAUUGAUGGAACUGCAGCCUGGAGUUUUGAGAAAAUGUAAAGAGAUCAUGAGAAGAGCGUACGUUGAGGAAGAGAGAAGCAGUGGCUCAGCUGCUUCGGUGACGGUGGUGGACGGUGAAAAGCUAGCUAUGGCGAGUAUCGGCGACCAUAGAGUGGUGAUUUGCAGAGACGGUGAGGCUUAUCAACUCAGAGCUAAAUCAUCAACAAGAAAAUGGUCGGAUU